UUGGGAGAAUAUCUGGAUAUUUAGUGUAAGAUUUUCCUAAAGUGCUUUUAUCCUUAAAAGGACAGAUGCGUUAAUAGAAGACUAAAAAUAACAUCAUGUCAGUUUUAGUGGCAUCAUGAGAAAUUGUCAGUUCAACGCUUUUAACUUCUGUAUGACCCAUUGAUAUUUAGCAUGCGAUAACGUGUCUAGAAUAAUUUAUUUUUUAAUAUUUAUGACUUUAAUUGCUUUUUUUUUCAUUUGCUUCUUCGAACAUGUACACUACCAUUUAAAUGUUUGCAAACACGUAUAUGUGUUAUUUAUUAUGGCUCAUUUCCGCAUUUCAAAAUAACAUUACAUUGGCGAGUAUUUUUAUUUGUUUAUAACCUAUAUUAACAUUUUUCCACGUAGUUGAUUGUUAUAAUAUGAACUACCACGUAAUUCAUUAAUAUUAAUGAUAGCACCCAGCAAUAACUCUAUUCAAACGUACAUUAAUAUAUUCAAUGUAGCCUAUUGCUUGGAUAAUUACUCAACUUGUAACUAAUAAUAAAAUAUUCAUAAUGCGUAUUAUGUUUUUAGUGUGGUAUUAAGUAUAAGGAUCAUUUAGUUAUUAUUGUGCCAGAAAACAGAAGUAAAACAAUUAAAAAUCAGUUCUGAAUAUCGGUUAUUAUGGACAUUAAAACUUUGUAUUGGUCAUGUAAAGGCAAUAUUUUACAAUCUCUUACACAAACAAACGUUUGGGUAACACCUUAUUAGCAUCCUUGUUACAUAUGUUACAUGUAUUUACUGUAGAAAUAACAGUAGAUAAUGCAUAAUUACUUGUAACUAACCCUUAUUAUAUAGUAAGUACAUGUUACGCUUUAUUUUAAAGUGUCUUUGUUACACUGUAAUUAUACAUUUAAGUACUGAGUAAUAGGGUUAGGAUUAGGGUUUGGUUUGGUUUAGGGUUAGUUGCAUGUAAUUAUAGUUAUUACUAUAGUAACUACAUGUAACAUAUGUAACAAUGACAAGUGUUAUCAAUAAUUUUACUCAGCACUUAAAUGCAUAAUUACAUUGUAACAAGGAAACCUUAAAAUAAAGUGUAACCAACGUUUGGGAAUUUAUAGAGACCAAAAACCACUAUAUUCUUUUUGUGUUUGUCAGGAAGGAGUGUAAAUUCUCCCAUAAUAUCCAGUCACAACAUAACUAUCCCCUUCUGCGGGAGUGUACGCUUCAUGAACUGAACGAGGAUGAUCUCUUCCUGCUUCUGCUUCAGAACGAUCCUGCCCUACUGCCAGAGGUGAGGAAAUACAAACAGGAAGGCUUAAAUAGCUGCCUAAAUGUUUUUUGGACUCCGUUCUCAUGAGAGAAUUCCUCCCCAAAGCCAAACUCAUGCUAUGAUUGGGAUAUUUCUGCAUUGCAGGUACCUCUCCUGCCGUUUGAAACGCCCUUCUCCGUUUCUUUCGCUGUGCGCUCACUUACGAGACGUUUUCAGAGUAGAACAGAGCUCACGUAACCGCUCAGACGUUUGUUCUGGCUUGUUUGAAUCGGUGACUGGUUACACCCAAAUAUACAAUGUCACAGUGUGAUGCUAUUAAAUAUUUUUGAGUAUGUCAUUAGUCCAUGAGAACACAAAAGGAGCUUGUUUUCUGCGUUAUGUCCUGGAUAAGGAGCAAUCUGAUCAAUACCAUCAAUCAAAAGCCUGUAAUCUUAAAAAAAAUCUUCAGAAAAAGAUCUAAAAGAAAAAAAUCAACUGUUAAGUCAUCCAAGUGAAGCUCUACUUCAUCAGCGUUCCAGUCAGUAUGUAUGUAAAAAAAAAAAAAAAAAAAAAAAAAAAAAAACAGACAGUGAAUUGAGAAGAAUUGUGGUCUGCGUUCAGGAUGAAGAGUUGCUCAUGGAGAGAUAUUGAUGUUCUAAGAUCUUCAGGUGUCCUAAGCGUGUUACUCCACUUUGGUUUGGACAAAAAAAAAAAAAAAAAAAAAAAGAGGAAAAAAAAGGAAAUUGUCCUGUAAACAGGUGUGUGCUCACUAUAAUAAAGGCACAGGGCUUUUCGGGGCCUGUACCUUUAUGGAGCGCUGCACUAAGGUGCAUAUUUGUCAGCACUUUGUGCAAGACGACUGCCUGUUCGGCCCCAAGUGCAAACGGCAGCACAGCAUCGACGAGCACAGCCGCAGGAUGCUGGAGGAACGGGGUCUCGGUGGUGACAUCAUCCAUGACCUGCCCUACAUUUACCAGAACGUUUAUCGGCUGAACUCACAAACUCUAAGCAGCGAACUGAUUUCUGAUCAAGGCGUCAAACCGGUCGCUCAGAUGGAGAAGAAUGAAAUCUGUCUGCACUUCAUAAGACGGAAAUGCAAGUUUCAGGACCAGUGCGUUCUUGUCCACUUUAAUCUUCCGUAUAAGUGGGAGGUUUAUGAUGGGAAAAGCUGGAGGGAUUUAAGAAACAUGGAGGAAAUAGAGAAAGCUUACUGCGACCCAAAGAAUGAACACGGUCCAGGCUCGAGACCAGUGGAUUUUGUGUCCAUGACCAGGAACUGUGACCCUGUGCGCCGACUUUCAACAGUCUCUUCCGUCUCUAAACCCGCCCACUACAUCCUGACAACAGAGUGGAUGUGGUACUACAAAGGAGAUCAUGAGAACUGGAUAGAGUACGGUCAACCGGAUGACAAGGAACGUGUGACAUCUGUAACGUCCCGAGAGCUGGAGAAAGCUUUUCAGGAGAACAGCAAUGCAGAAGUUACUGUUAUUAAGGGCAAUAGGCAUUACUAUGUCAGUUUCCAAGAUAUGUAUCAAAGGAACCCCAAACACAACACAAAGAGAAGGGUGCGCAGACGGCCACGCUUUGUGUCUAUCAAUGAGGUGGAAACUAAAGCUUCCCAGUGACAGACCAAACACACAAACACACUCUGUUUACAUACAUGAGGAUAGACAUUCAAAUUAUUAGUUACUGCUUCAGUUUCUUGCCAUUUGAACACACUCACAUGCUCUUAAAAGGAUAGUUCACCCAAAAAUGAAAAUUCUGUCCUCAUUUACUCAAUCCACUUGUUCCAAACCUGUAUUAAUUUCUUUAUGGUGCUGAACACAAAAGAAGAUAUUUUGAAGAAUGUGGGUAAUUAACAGUUUCUGGUCCCCAUUGACUUCCAUAGUAUUUUUUUUUUCUAUACUAAGGAAGUCAAUGGUGUCCAGCAACUGUUUGGUUACCCACAUUCAUCAAAAUAUCUUCCUUUAUGUUCAACAGAAGAAAGAACUUCAUGCAGGUUUAGAAACUCAAGGAACUUCUCAAUUAAUAAAUUGAAGGAUAUAUAAUAAUAAUAUAUAAGUGUUCUGAAUGAAAAACAAUGGCUUUGAUUGAAAUGUUACAGACGUAUAAAUAUAUGAAGAAAUAUUAAAUAUAUUGCAUUCUUUUUAACCAAAAUAGAUCUGUCUUUGCCAGAAAAUUCUGUGGCUACAUCUUUGACUUUAAGUGCUUAUGAUUUAUUUAGCUCAAAUAACCUCUCAUACGAGAGGGUCGCAUACUCUCAAAUCAACACAUUUAGAUACUGUGAACUUAGCAUUAUUUUUCUAUUGGUUUUUCAUGCCUGGAUUUGUCUGGUGUGCCUUCAGUGAAUGUGGUAACUUUGUGGGAUGAUAUGGAUCAGCUCAUGAGGUACAAACUUGCACUUUUUUCAUAUUGUGUAUUCAUCAAUAAAUACUGCCUGUUUUUCCUA